AUGUCAACGGGUGGGACGGAUAUGCCUAUGAAAAUGUGGUUUCAUGGGACUAUAGGAACAGACAUGUUAUGGUUCGCUUCUUGGAUGCCUACCUCAGGAGGGGCUACCGCUGGUGUCUGCAUAGGAUUGUUCUUGUUAGGGGUGUUCGAGAGAUAUCUUAUGGCUUUCCGACGGGCUUGUGAUGUAGCUUGGAGUAAGGGCCAAGUAGGCUUCUCUUCGACCCACUCAUCAGGCCGUAUCACUCUACCCACCAAACCUCAAGCCGUCUACACAAGAACGGAAACCGAGAACCUCGCUCCUUCUCCCUCAUACGCCUCUAUUGGACCAGCGAGCAAUACCACCAUCCUCACCGUUGACAGACAAUCCGAGAGGGACGAAAAAGACCUAGCGGAUGUGGAUCUGGAGGAUGGGAGUAACUCGCAUUUACCUCGAGCUGUACGACGUAUGGGAGCGGAUAGGGAAGGGAGAUGGAGUCGACCAUUCCGAUGGGGUGUGGAUGUGCCUAGAGGGAUGUUACAAGCUUUACAGACUUUAGUGCAUUAUUUACUCAUGCUGGCAGUCAUGUCUUUCAACAUUUGGUGGGUCAUGUGCAUCGUGCUUGGCGCAGGCGUCGGCGAGGCUUUGUUUGGUAGAUUUGGAUCCACUCAUACACAUAUGGAACAUACGCAUUGA